AUGUCCUCUGCUCAUGAUGCCACCACCAAGAUCUCCAUUGACAAGUUCGACGGCGACAACUACGCGACGUGGAGCCGCUACAUGCGUGGCGUGUUCCUGACCAAGUCGGCGUGGCACGUGGUGGACCGGGAGACCACCCCCACCUUCGCCGAUCCUCGCGCCAGUGACGACUACGUCAAGACGAACAACAUUGCGUUCGGCUUGAUGCUGCUGCACAUGAGCGCAGAUUAUCAUCACGUGGUUGAUGACUGUGAAGAGGCGUGGGUCGCGUGGGCGCGUUUGAAGACGCUGUACGGCGGGUCGCAGAAGGCUGGACGCAUCUACUUGAAGCGCCAGCUGUUCAGCAUGGAGAUGGCGGAAGGCGGCAAUGUGAUGCAUCAUUGCAACGAAGUCCUCAACAUCAGCGCGAAGCUCAGCAGCAUCGGCGCCAAGAUGGAGGACGAGGACGUGGCGAUCUGCUUGUUGCGCAGCCUCCCCAAGAGCUACGAGAACGUCGUGCUGAACUUAAAGAUGAGCAGCGCGGAACUGCGAUCGCGAGACGUCGUGACAGUGCUCACGAAUGAGCACAUCAAGAGGCAAGGUGACAAGACGACAUCGGUGAAGACUGAAGACGCGGCGAAGGCGUUCAGUGCCAAGCGUGAACCUCGCCAGUGUACAUACUGCGGAAAAUUGGGGCACACGGCGGAGCGGUGCUGGACCAAGCAGAAGGACGAAAAUCAAGGUGGAGCUCGACGCGGCGGCAACAAUGCUCGUGGACGCGGAGCCAACAACGUUCAGUGGCGAACCAACAGCAACUACGACGACAACUACGAUCGAGUUGCGUUCGCGGUUUCGCUGGAGGCUGGACUUUCGGCGGGCAAGAAUAUGCCAGGAAUGUGGGCAGUCGACAGCGGUGCGACGCAUCACAUCUGCAACGACAAAGCCAAGUUUGCAAGCCUGAAUGAGCGAGAGGAAGGCGAACUAUCAGUGGCUGAUGGCAGCAAGGCUGCGAUCAAGGGUGUGGGAACCAUCAUGGAACGGGUGGUUCUGCCCAAUGGUGACGAACGCGACAUCGAGAUCAAGGACGCACUGUUCGUACCAAGUAUGAGCAAGAAUCUGCUUUCGGUGCCACAGAUCAACAAGGGUGGCAGGUUCCAAGUCGUGUUCGAUUGA